AUGUUCGCCUCAUCACAUGUCCCCGACGGUCUUCCUUGCUGGUCACCCGCCAAUGACAAGACAACCCGCUCUUGCUACCUUGACUCGUUAUCCCACCAACAACGCAAUGGGCUGCCAACGCUGGAUUUUGCGGCGGGGUUAUUUUCCCAUUCGCGCCUCCGGGAUGUUCCUACCGUCUCUCUUCCACACGUUUCGAUGAGCUCGACCUCGACAAUUCUCCUGCGUCCGCGACCUUACGCCAGGCACGCUGGCGCGUUCCUACUUGUCGCAUUACUCCCACCGCCCAAACGACUUCCAGAGCUCCCUGUCGAACUCUGGACGGCUAUUUUCGGAUGGGUAACUGAAUUGAGGGACCUGUGGGGGCUAAUGAGAGCGUGCAAGGCGUUCAAGGACAUGGUUUGUCCAUUGGUCUACUCCCGCGUCAAGCUCUCCAAAUUGACUGCCUUCACUCAAUUCACAAUGCGUUUGGAACUGGCAGACCAGAACUGGUCGCCGCUGCAUCGCUUUCCGUAUUCCAGCCCAGGAAGAUGGGUUCAAACACUUGACUUGUCUGCUGUCGAGUAUGUCGGCCAGGCGCAAGCCCUUAUGCUAGAUUCUCUGCUAGUUGGGCUCUUCCCCCUUGUCCCGUUUCUAUCCCGGCUUUCAAUGAACCCGUCGUUUGUGCUCAGUCGACGGGUAAUGGAAAGCUUGGGACGGAAUAUAUGUGCGAGUUCGUUGAAGGUCUUAGAGGGGAUCAGCUACUCUCCCGCCCCAGAUAAUGGAGAGGAGGAGCCUUUGACAAACCUCCUUCGUAGCUGUCUCAAUAUUGAAGAGCUCGAAGUUAUUGGAGUCGGACUUGACCCAGCCGAACUUAUAGACCCCGUGCAGGCGAUCUCUGCGCCAGAACCAUUCUUUCCACUGCAUCUUCCUCGCCUGCGAACGCUGACAAUUCUCUCCGUCUGCUCAUCACAUUUACUAUUUAUACUUGUCAACUCCCCACUCCCCGCCCUCCAAAAGCUCACACUUACGCCCUACGAAGACGUUCCCAACACGCUAUCUACACCCUUCAUCGAAUCACACGGCACAAAUCUUCGCUCUCUCCUCCUCUUUACCCCGAAAUCCUGGCCAACACGACUGCACACAUCCCCAUCAAUCUCAACACUGAUGUCUCUCGCACCAAAGCUUACCCACCUGUCCCUCGAGCGCCCACUUCCAUCUUACAUCAGUCUUCCAAACGCGGCAGCCAUACCCUUUCCCCUUCAAAUCCUCUCUGUCCCCCGGCCAGACCCCGACUUCUGGCCUAUUCUGGAGCGAACUCUACUCCCCCAGUUUCCAUAUUUACGUGCCAUUCGCGCUCGCGACGUGCGCUGGCUACGAAAAGGAAUGGGGGCGAGUGCACAGUCAACAGGUGUGCAAGGAGAAAUGAUGGAGUGGCGGAGACGGUUGUUGAGAAGAGGUAUCAAAAUGUUGGAUGGCGAAUGGAGGGAAUAUGAAGCGUAG